GUGCCUGUCCCCGCCCGGCGGCCCGGGGGAGGUGCUGGGCCGCGCCACGCCGCCUCCUGCCGCUGCCCGGGGCGAGGGCUGGCGCUGCCGGGCUGAAUAAUGUUUCCAACAUGUCUGUGCAGUCGCUGCUUUGUGAAAGAAUUGCUGUUGCCAAAGAAUUGAUCAAGAGAGCAGAAGCCCUUUCCGAGUCCCAGAAAAGGAGAAUAGAAGGUGGGGCAAAACUAUGCAGCAAACUGAAGGCUGAGCUAAACUUCUUACACAAGGUGGAGGCGGGGAAGGUGGCCAUUAAAGAAUCCCACCUGCAGAGUACAAACCUUACCCAUCUCCAGGCCAUUAUUCAGUCAGCAGAGAACCUGGAGGACGUUGUCAGUGUCCUCCAUGUCUUUGCUUAUGAGGACAGGUUUGGAGACAAGCAGACACUGGUGGUGGAUGUCGUUGCAAAUGGAGGUCACACGUGGGUGAAGGCCAUCGGCCGGAAGGCUGAGGCCCUGCAUAACAUCUGGCUGGGGAGAGGCCAGUAUGGUGACAAAAGCAUCAUUGAGCAGGCAGAGGACUUCCUGCAAGCAAGCCGUCAGCAGCCAGUGGAGUACAGCAAUCCCCACAUAAUCUUUGCCUUCUACAACAGCGUGUCCAGUCCUAUGGCAGAGCGGCUCAAGGAGAUGGGAAUAUCUGUGCGAGGAGACAUUGUUGCUGUGAACUCGCUGGCAGAGCCAUCCGCAGAAAACCAGCACCUUGGUGCCAGUGAAUCGGAUGAAGAAGGCCCUGAACUCCUGCAGGUGACCCGAGUAGAUCGGGAGAAUUUAGUGGCCAGCGUUGCUUUUCCUACCCAGAUUAAAGUAAACGUGUGCAACAGAGUUAACUUGGACAUCACUACCUUAAUAACCUACGUCUCUGCUCUCAGCUAUGGUGGCUGCUACUUCAUCUUCAAAGAGAAAGUGCUAACGGAGCAAGCGGCUCAGGAAAGGAGGGAGAGAGUCCUGCCUCAGCUGGAGGAGUUCAUGGAGGGGAAGGAGCUCUUUGCCUGUGAAUCUGCUGUCAGAGAUUUUCAGUCCAUCUUGGAAACGCUGGGAGGACCUGGGGAGAAAGAACGAGCUGAGAUGCUUGUGAGAAGAAUUCAAGUGGUGCCAGAUCAGCCAUCUGACCGUGCCUUAGGACUAGUGGCUAGUUCAAAAAUCAACAGCCGUUCUCUAACCAUUUUUGGGACAGGAGACACUUUAAAAGCCAUCACCAUGACUGCAAAUAGUGGGUUUGUGAGGGCAGCAGCUAACCAGGGAGUCAGGUUCAGUGUUUUUGUCCAUCAGCCACGGGCAUUGACAGAAAGCAAAGAAUCUGUUGCCACACCUUUACCAAAGAGCUGCCCGCCUGGCAAUGGGCUAUAAGUCAUUGAAUGAGUCAUUGGAAUGCUGCAGGGGAGGCAUUUGGAGAAACACAAGAAUCCGAACAAUACAUUUUUGGGUGUGUAUCAGUGAAAGCAGUGACUGUAGCAGUGGAAGGGCUCCUCGGGGGAUUUGCAGUAUCUUUACUCAAUCCUUGGGGGAUAUUUUGUUCAGCUGGCCAUUAAUUUAUUCGCUAAGUCUCUGAGGGGAGCCAGCAUCUCUGUUCUGUGCAGCACCCAGCCUGCUCUUGUUGCUCCUACAGUAAGAAUGCCAAACAAGGAGUGCUGCAGUUGAUGCCAGGCAGUGCAAAGCACUUGGAUAUUACAUGAGAAAUAAAAAGAGGUGAAUGGAAGAAUUUGCCACUGACUCACUUGUAAGAGGUAACAGCAUGAUGCACAGGCCAGAAAUCUGAAGAUAACUAUCUGCAGUGAGCAAGAUUCCUCAGGAUACACUAAGAACUCUUUGGUUUCCAUUCUUGAAAGUGUUUUUCUAACACACAGUUGUUUUCAUGAGGUGGUGGGCCUGCCGGUUGUGAAAGAAGAGCAAGCAUAGAAUCAUAGAAUCACAGCAUGGUUUGGGUUGGAAAGGGCCUUAAGAUCAUCUAGUUCCACCCUCCUGCCAUGGGCAGGGACACCUCACACUAGACCACUGAGUUAUUACUGUGCAAGGAAAGAGGAAUUGUCAUGUUACGCUCUCAGUGGAUCUCAGAUUUGUUUCUAAAGUAUUAAUCUUCCCUUCUCAUGAGGCUCACUGUGCAGAGUGGCCCAUCUUGCUCUUCCCAGAUCUCUUCUGUUUGUGUCUGUUGUUAGUGUCUAACAAAUGUAAGUGAAUUUAAGCAUUUUAAAGCAGGGUUGCAGGUUAGUUUUUUGUCUGGAGACAAAGCUACGUUCACUUGUUUCUCACUGCUCUUAAGAGGUGUUAAGGAGAAAUCUCAAAAAGUAGUAAUCAAGGUAUAGAUUCUGAGUAGGGGUUCUUACUGUUGGGGAUUUCGUGUGCCUUGGAUUUUGUUUUGGUUUUGUUUUCUGUUGGUUUUGUUUAGAACUAGUGCAGAGCCUGUCACUAUUCAACAUCUUCAGCGAUAUGCAAGUAAAUAGUUAACAUCAUUGCUGAAAGAAUUAACAAAUGAGAUGAGGAUUCCUGAAGAAGAAGUAAUGGUGAGGACAGAGGUGUGUUACAGGUUUAUUGCAUUUACCUACAUUCUUUUCAAUAGACCCCAGCCAACAAGGCAAGUUACACAUACAGGAUAAAGGAAUAAAAGCCAUUCUGAAGCAACAGAGGCUGCAUCCUGGAAAACAACUCUUUCCUUCCCCAAGUUCCUGAAUGAGGCCCUCAGUCCAGAUGUUAACAUCCAUUAUAGAACGUAACUAAGCUAGAGAGAGUAAAGAAAUAAACCAUAAACGUUUAUUGCUGGAAAAAAUCCCUCUCUAUGAAGGGAGAAAUCCUUUCAGAUGCCAAAUUUGUGUAUUGUAUCAAAAAGAAGGCUAGAGGAGUGACUUAUGGUUUGUAGUUUAUUGGGGAGGAGGAGGGGAAUGCAAGGUCCUAAAGCAGUCAUUAAUGGCAUGGGCAGAGGUAUAACCAGAGGCUGGCUUGAUUCCAAAACAAAAUGAAUGAUUUAGGUAGAAACCAGCGGACUAUGAGGGAGCUGAGUGGUAUUUAAAAGCCUGAUGGAUUAGAAAACCUCUAGGUAUGAUUAUCAAGUGGCUCCUCUUAGCCUUGUGGUCUCUUGACUCUCAGUUGUCCAUGUUAUGUAUUGAUAUUGGACUCCUAGGGAGAAGCAAAUAUGACUUUAAUACUAUGGAGAUGGAUCACCACUUCCUCUGUGGGGUGGUGGAAGAUGGUUGGUCUCACCAUUAAAAUGCAGGAGGUGGCAGCACACCAGGGACAUUUGUACUGCUGAUACGCUGUGUUCAGCUCACUGGUGUGCAGAAGCUGUGCAAGUGUCCACAGAGCAUCUUUAGUCAGGAGAAUAAAACUUCUUAGUAGUUUUAAUAAGAACUUAACUCUGCAUUGGAGUUUUGAAGGAUACCUGGCAGAAACCUGGUAGUGACUGAAACUGUUUGCUAAUCCCUGGGGCAGGAUAGGUUGUGAUGAUACUGUCUUAUACCACCUCUGUGAAGGGACAACUUCUUUCAUUCUCUGCCCUGGUGCCUUGAUUGGUACAGAGACUGUCACCUGGAACUCCAGUAGGUGUGAGACAGGCGAUUCUUCCUUCUUACACUUCUGUGCCCGUGCAGUGCCUGGAGGUGAAAGCUGCUUUUGCAUUUCAACAAUCCAAUGCUGGUAUUCCAAAGGUGUGCUGUGCAGGCAGGCACAGUGCUAAGAGGUUUUCAUAGCAAGUGACUGAAGCAAGAUGUGAUAUGUAGCCUCCCUCACCUCCAAAUUGGGAAAUGUAGUGCAAGCUCAAAGCAAGCCAGGGUGAUGAAAUGAAGUUCAGUGGAGCUAGGAUCAAAGCAAGGGACGUUGAUGGUGCAAGAACUACUUGUCAGAAGUUCACACAUGCUCAAGAGAAGACUUCAGGGUUAAAAAAAGCCACGGAAUAGUUGGACUGGGUGAAUGAUGUCUUGUGGGCAGCAACAACGUUAGGAGGCAAAAGCCUGCCAUACGUCUGGAAGAACAGUGUAUGAUUGCCUGCUAAAGGGGUGUACAGCUUUUGUCACAUCCUCAUUGCUAAAGACGUUCUGCACGACCUUGGGAGAGCUGGAUGGGGCUGAUUCUGCACUGGAAGUCCAUGGGCCGUAUUCUACAAAGAGAUGAAGACUGAAACUGCAUCCUUCCUGUGCCUCCUGGCUCUUCACUUGUAACAAGAGGCUAACAGUGUACUCCUUCCUCCCCGGGUGCAGCAAAGCUAAAUCACAUGCUGACCCAGGGGUGUUUGAGGAGCAUGUCCCAGGACCUGGCAAAGAAAGACAUCAGGUGGAUCCUGACCUCAUGGAAGUCAAUGGCAGCAAUUUGCUUUCAUUUUCAUGGGAUCAGAACUGUGCCUGGGCUUUCCCCUGAAGCCCACGGCUGUGAAGGUCCUUCUGGACAGACCCAUAUUGUGGUCCUUAGGCUCUUGCCCUUGUCUUCUGGAUGGACCUUGGAACUGGCUGAUGACUUUGCCUCGUCUGAGGCUGUUGAUGGGAUUCAUUGCUACGACCACCUGGCUCUGCCCUAUGGUCAGACCCUGCAGGACUGCACCCUGACAGUGAAGGCACAGCUUGUGCUGGGUCACCUGUGGCUUAUAGCACAGCCCUGCUCCUGCUGCUCCCUGACACUGCUCCUGCAGAGACUGAAUUUAUGCCCUGUGAGAAAUCCCCAAGGAGAAAUUCAAUCCAACCAUUUAGAGCGAUUGAAGUGAACAGGGGGGUUAUAAUAAAUCUUUGCAGGAUCCCAGGUCUCUAAUGUCAAAAUGUGCAACUCUGGAAAUGGAAAUAGUUGUCUGCAGCUUAACUGAGUGGUAAUGCAGCUCUUGAGCCCGCAGGAAGCUGGCCUGUUAGAUAUCCAGAUCUACUAAAGAAAAGGCUAGUCCUCAGCCUUGUGGAGAACAACUUGAAAAGUUAGCACUUGAGGUCAAAAGAAUAAGAAUUGAAAACAGAAAUAUCCUGACAAUCCCCCUUUCCUUUAUAGUGCUUGGAAUUUAGGAAAUCAGGUGGAUUUUAAGCAAACUUCAUGAUUUACUGCAGUUUAUUUCCUUGUGCUUGAAUGCCUGUGAGUAGCCAGACAUGGAAGAUGACAGGUAGGUAGUGAUAUUUUUUCUUCACUGUGAGGCAAAAGGGGCAAACUUCAGUGAGUUUUCUAUUGAGCUUUACCCUCCACGUAUCCAAACAACAAAUGCACAGAAACACUGGUAUUUAAAUUUGAAAUCCUGUCGGGGAAGCAGCUCUCCCCACGGUACUUAUCUGUACACUAACAAUUUCUUCACAUUUUAUAUUCUCCUCCUUUUUUUCCCCCAUUUAUUCUUUAAGAAAUACAACCCUCAGAAUGACUAGGAAUUUCUUUGGGAUGUUGUUAAUACCAGAUGCAAAUACAUGUGUAAAAACUCA